ACACCGUAGCCCGACUGGCCCAUGAAGCUUCUCUUCCUUCCUUCCUCAUUUUCUCUUUCUACCUCCCUCCCGCCUGUCCUUCCUCCUUUCCCCUCCCUUAUACACGCGCUCACACACUCACACACACACACACACACACACACACACACACUCAGAAACCCGCCAGGAGGCAUACACAAGGGCAUUCAUCAGUCCGUCACCUCCCCUCCCAGCCUUCGCCUCCUCCUCCUACUUUGGCUGCGGCUGGCGAGGACACGUCAAGGGAAAUAAAUAAAUAAAUAAAUCCAUUCACCCUGUGACAGCGAAAAGAACCGGCUGCGGCGGGGGGGGUCACGCACAGAGCCGAGCGCCCACCCACUCACCCAGAGCUAGAGACCAGGUAAAUAAUUUAGGCCAAUCUGAUCAUCACAGGUUUUCCUUCAGUUAUAUUUUGGGCUUUAUCCUAGUGCCAUGCUCUCCUAUGAAGCACAUUCAAGCUGAAUCUUGGAACAGAGCAGGCUGCUUGUGCCUAGAGAGCUAAUCUCUUUGAGCAGCUGAGAAAAGUGGCAGUCUCAGGAGAGCUCUCUUUUUGUUCAGCUAUUUGAAUCUCAGAAAAGGACACCGAAAUGCCACCAGCAGCAAGUGGUCCACCUCAGUAUCCACCCCCAGAUGGAGGAUGGGGCUGGGUUGUGGUCCUUGGAGCUUUCAUUUCCAUUGGAUUUUCCUAUGCAUUUCCCAAAGCCAUCACAGUAUUCUUCAAGGAAAUUCAGGAGAUAUUCCACACUACCUACAGUGAGAUAGCAUGGAUAUCAUCAAUUAUGCUUGCUGUUAUGUAUGCAGGAGGUCCAAUAAGCAGCAUUUUGGUGAAUAAAUAUGGCAGCCGGCCAGUAAUGAUAGCAGGAGGUAUACUCUGUUCUUUGGGAAUGAUUUCUGCUUCUUUUUGUAAUAGUGUAAUACAACUUUACCUCUGUGUGGGAUUUGUUGGAGGUUUGGGCUUAGCUUUCAACCUACAACCUGCCUUAACCAUGAUUGGCAAGUACUUUUACCAUAAAAGGCCCAUUGCUAAUGGAUUGGCCAUGGCUGGAAGCCCUGUGUUCUUAAGUACACUUGCACCUUUCAAUCAGUUUCUAUUCAAUCAUUUUGGCUGGAAAGGGAGCUUCUUGGUAUUGGGAGGACUCCUUUUGAACUGUUGUGUGGCUGGGUCACUUAUGAGACCUAUUGGACCUAAACAAGCUCCCAUUAAAAAAGAUGUUGAGAAAGAAAUGGGAGAGUCAAUUCUGCAGCAAAAUAAGAAGAAAAAGAAAUCAUCGUGUCAGUCCAUCAAUAAAUAUUUAGACCUGUCUCUUUUCAAACACAGAGGGUUCCUGAUUUACCUUUCAGGAAAUGUCAUUAUGUUUGUUGGGUUUUUUGCACCAAUUGUGUUUCUGGCACCAUAUGCAAAGCACAAGGGAAUUGAUGAAUAUUCUGCAGCCUUUUUGCUGUCCAUCCUCGCCUUUGUAGAUAUGUUUGCUCGGCCUUCCAUGGGUCUAUUGGCAAACUCCAAGUUUAUUCGGCCACGUAUCCAAUAUUUCUUUAGUUUUGCAAUAUUGUAUAAUGGCAUCUGUCAUCUCUUGUGCCCUCUGGCAGAAGACUACACUGGCCUGGUGGUAUAUGCUGUCUUUUUUGGCUUUUCUUUUGGCAUGGUGAGCAGUGUCCUCUUUGAAACUCUCAUGGACCUCGUUGGUGCAGCGAGGUUCUCUAGUGCUGUGGGUCUUGUCACCAUUGUGGAAUGCUGCCCUGUUCUCAUUGGUCCUCCAUUAGCAGGUAAAUUGGUGGAUGAAACUGGAGAAUAUAAGUACAUGUAUUUUUGCUGUGGGGUGAUCGUGACCAUAGCUAGCAUUUGGCUGUUUAUUGGCAAUGCUUUCAACUAUAGGAUGCUGGAAAAGGAAAGAAAGUUAGAAGAAGAAAAACAGAAAAAUCUACACCAUGCUGACUCCAAGGAAGUGGAGCCUUUGACCAAUAAGGAAAACGAUGAUGUUUCAACGCGAGCUACCAAAGUACUAGAUGAUCCCUCAGAAAGAGAAACAAAUAUUUAAUGGGAAUCAUCACUCAGAUGUCAGUGUUUCCAAUUUCCCUUAAAAUACAGGGAAAAUUUUUUUAGUUGCAAUGAUCAGCCAUAGUUAUUGACCGAGACAGAAUUUUGUUAAAUGACAAGAUUCUAAUUAGUUUAUUAUCAACAGCUUUUUUAUUUUUAUUUUUUGUGAUUGUGGUGGUGGUGAGAUUUUGUUGUUGUUGUUGUUGUUGUUGUUGAGUUACAAACAUGCAAUUGAGUCCAGUGUCAUCCAUGGCUCUGAACCCUGUGGGUAGGAUGUUGAUUUAAAGUCUUCCAGUAAGAAGUGAACUUGGUCACAAAUAUAAAAAGUAAAUUCUCAUUACUACAUUGUCUAUUUCAUGUACUGCAGGAAGAUAUUUGUCUGAACCCUCAGGGUGAUACUUAUUCCCAUGGAUUUCCCCUCUCCACAGUAUUUUUAUUUUUUUUUAUUUUUUUAAUGCUUAACAUAAAAGAUUGGAAUCAAAUAAAGGAAGAAAAAAGACUACUACAAAAAGUAUUGAGAUUAUAACCAACACUAGACUUAUGUACAAAGCAACCAAUAAUACUCUUUAUGGGAUUUUUGUUUGUUUUUAUAAUGUAUGCCUGGGGGCACAAAAAUAGAUGUAUUGUUUUUGCAUUAGCCUUUAUAGUAUGAAUGUUAAAAUCUGAAGAGAAAACAAGAAUAGGUCUUUAUUCUAAAUGCAAUUAACAAUUAACUAAAUGAAAAUGUUUGUAUAUAUAUAAAGCAACCUCUGAGAAAAGUGAAAUAAUUGACCUGCUAAAACAAUUACUUUUGAGCCUCUCUGGUUAAUCCAAAUGUUUUAAUGUCAGUUGAUUGAAUAUGAGCUAAAGAAAUAAAUCUUAUCCUUUAAGAUUUUUAGUCAUUAAAAAUAUCUCAAAGUAAUCAAAAGAGACAGAAAGCCAAGGGAGGUGGCUAGGAAUCAGCUGAAGUAAUAAAUGUAAAACUAGUUUAGCUCUGUAACGAAUAGAAGUAACAAUUAGGGAUUUCUGUUGAAUCGAUUCCUAAUUUCAGGUUACAAUUUUAUUUUUAUUUUAUGACAAGUCCAUUGACAUCAUAUAGUAUAGCCAGAUCACCGUCCUGUUGACAGUCUUUCACCGAGGCUAAAUUCUGACACCUAUACCUAGAGGAAAUACUUGAAUUGAAGGUGAUCAUUCUAAUUAACUUGACUGUGGAGUCAGCCCACUGUGUCUUCCCAGUGUCCCAGGCACAGAGGUAGCUACUUUAAAAUGCCUCAGCAUGAUAGCACUGGAUAAUUCAAAUUCUGUACCCAUCAGACUCAGCUAUAGAGGCAGCUGAUUGAGAAAGUAUCAAGUUGGGUUCUGACCAUUUCAGCUAUUCCAUUACAACUCUAUAGAUAUAGCAUGGAAUAUGAUGAUGAGAAGCUUGAGUUGCUGCUGUUCAGAUUUAAGAACCAGUUUCUCAUCUUUGAACCCCUGUAAGACUUCUUGAAAUCUAUAACACCAUUUUAAGAAAAAGUAGAUGUUAACCUUGUUUGUUCAAAGUCUAUAAAAUGUUUUUAAAUUAAAAAUUUUAAUUAGGAAAAAUAUUAAUUUCACAAUUUCAAUUGUAAAUAUUAACUUCUAUAUAUCUGAAAAUUAAUUUAGUGUUAUAGUUAAUAAAAUAUUUUAUGCCUUCUUACUGGGAUGAAAUCACCUUAAUGAUGUCAAAUGGAAUUUUCUUUCCUUGCUGCUUUUUUCUUUCUUCCUUCCUUCCUUCCUUCCUUCCUUCCUUCCUUCCUUCCUUCCUUCCUUCCUUCCUUCCUUCCUUCCUUCCUUCCUUCCUUCCUUCCUUCCUUCCUUCCUUCCUUCCUUCCUUCUUUCUUUCUUUCUUUCUUUCUUUCUUUCUUUCUUUCUUUCUUUCUUUCUUUCUUUCUUUCUUUCUUUCUUUCUUUCUUUCUUUCUCUCUUUCUCUCCUUUCUUUCUUUCUCUCUCUCUUUCAUUCAUUCUUUCUUUCUUUCUCUCUUAGGGAAGGUGGCUAUUCUGAUAGACAAUAGAAAAAAAAACCUACAUAUCAAUCUUUUUUGAAACAGUGAAUAGUGAGCAUCUGAUAUAUGCACUGUUUAUUCAAGAUACUUGUACGUCUUAAAGAAGAUAUGUAAAAAUUCACAUACCAUUUAUCCUUCCCUUUUAUAAAAUAAUAUUUAAGUGUUAGCAUAUUAAAAAAUAAGUUAAGUAAAACAGGAUGUGCCAAUGUCACAGGUGAACAAAUCAGGGAAAUCUGGCAAGUUUGAGAGUAUAUUUAAGUGAGUUGUGUCCAAUUCUGAUGUUUAAUUUAGCUAUGUUCAUACAUUUAUGCUUUUAUAUUCUACUCUGAUUUGUUAUAACAGGUGCAGAAUCACAAAUUAUCUUUCCCCUCUCUAGACUUAAACACAUUUUCAGGAAACAAAAACCUCUUUCAUUCUUAAUCUCAGAAGAUGCAUGAUUAAAAUAAUGUGGAUCUCAUGCCCCAGGAAGAAAUGUAUAGGAACUUAAUAAGUCCAAGUUAUGAUACUCUUAUCCUUCCCAUCAGCUCAGGUGCCCUCUACUCUAGUGACCUGAAAUUUCAUUCACACCUUUUCUUUUUCCCACCCAGUGGGAGGGAAACAUUAUUAUGUGCUCUUGCCAAUCAGUUUCUAGUUAAAACAACAUUCUGUCAUUUGUUGGUUUUAGUCAUUGAUUCCUGGAUCUCAGCACUGUUGUUUGGUUUUUUUUUUUUAAUGAAAGACAGAAAAGAAUUACUGCCCAUCAAAUGGGCUUGCAAAAUCUCUUAGAGUGACACACUUGCACUGCACUACAGUACAAAUAUGCACAUAUAAUCCCCAUUCACAAUUGUAAUGGGGAUUAAAACUGAACACACUUGAAAUAGUGGUAUAGAUAAACCCACUGGGGCCAGAUCUGUGCUAGGGUAACCCAAAGUUAUUCCAUCAAGAUUCGAUCCAUUUUAUUUAAUAUCUAAUCUAGUUAUUGUCUUUUAUCAGAAUCAUAGCAAGAUCAAUGAAGAAUUUAAGCCAAGCGUAUUCAUCAUAAUGUGUCUCAUGAAAGGGCACAUUUAAGAUUUUAUUACUUGACUAAUAUAUGUAUUAGUUUUCUCUAUUUUGAAGGUUGUGUAUAUUUCAACUCGGUAGGAUAUCAUGUAAUAUAUAAAAUGAACCCACUUAAAUCCUCUUGGAAACUUAUGUUAUUCUGAAGGCUUCUGAUGUUAUAUUGUGAGAACAAAAUGUCAUAAACCAGAAAUGUAGAUUAUUUCUAUUUACACCAUACUUUUUUGUACCGAGAAAGAGAUUCAUUUGCUUUGGAAUUUCUUGAGUUGUUCAUGGAAAAGAGUUUAAUUUUUAAGAUUGUAAAAAUGUGAGAGACCUGAGUUUCCUACUUAUGUACCCAUGAUUUAUCCUUUUUACCACACACAAAACUUCCCUUAAUGAUCUGCUGUCUUUUUCUUGCACAAAAAUUACACAAAUGAACUACUGUCAGUUAAAUAGUAAAACAAGAAUUUUAUGUCUUUUUCUCUAGUUGCACUUAUCAAUCCAUUGGAUAUGCUUCUGCCUAGUCCUUUUUGUGACCCACAGCACAAAGUUGAGACAGGUGGUUAAGAUUGCAAUGUAGAAAGAAAUGUUUGUUCCCCUUUUGUUUAAAGUGGUUCACAAACUUUACCUCAACCUCAUAUUCUUUCUGAGCCCACGUACCCACAUGCUUGAUUUUAAAUAGCUUCAAAAUAGUGAUAUCCUUUACCUGAUAAUGUUAGAAUAAUCACAUUAGAAACCCUUUCAAUUUAUGUAUAUCUGAAAGACCAAUAUUGCUUUUGUGAGACUAUGGGCAGUACUAUGAGAUUUUAAAUAUAGGAAAAAUCUAUGGCAAUUUUUCUUUUUAAAAGAAAUAUGAUUUCUUCAGGAACAUCAAGAACAAAAUCUCAGAACAGCUAUAAGAAAAUGCUAUAAAAAUUGAUCAUAGCACUAAACUCACUGCAUUAGCCAUUAUAGUCUGAGAACAAGAGAAUUUAGUCCUUAUGUGGACCAAAACAAAGGGUAUCUAAACAUAAUGAUAGAUUAAAAUUGAAUGGAAGCCACUUAAUUAUAGAGCAAAGAAUGAUUAGCAAACAUAUUCCCCAAACAUCCCAUAUUUCUACUAUAAUUUGUACCAUAUUUUUACUUAGAAGUUUUCUAGAAUUUAGAUUUGCUGUAACCUAAAUACAUCAUUUCUAAUUGCUAGCAUUUCAAGGAAAUGCAAAUGUUCCUGCCCUAAUCCCCAAAUAAUGCUAAAUAUGAAAAAAUAGCCAUGCCAUUUUUUAUGGAACUCCUUUUUCCUCAUUAAUAAUAAUGACAUAUUUAUAUAACUCAAGUAUCAUAUAUUUUCCCUGGGGCUGGGUUUUGAAGAAAAUGUUAUUAAUUAUUAUGAUUACCAAAUUCUAUAUAUUAAUAGCAAGUAGCUCAUUAGCUAUUUGUUGUGAUGCAAAAAAAUAAAAACUACUUAUUAAAGAAUGUGUUAUCUGAUACGCAAAGUUGUACCAAUAAGUCCCAUGGUUGGUACUGUUUUUAGCAAAAAUCACAACAAAAAAUAUAUGAUUUAGGCAACUCAAUCCAUUCCUCUGUGGGGUCCUAAGUUUUCAGUAACUGUACACAAUUUAUCUCUUAUAUUACAACUCAGUUUUCAUGUUCUCCUUGAAAUAUAUGUAUAUUUCCUUUUUUCUGAUUUGCUUCACCAAAACUGCAAAUAUCAUUUGCUGUUGCCUUGUUAACUUUAUGUAAAUAUUAGAGCUUGAAAGGGAUCUUAAAAAUUAUCUCGUCCUGCCCACGUCCUCCAAUUUUCAGAUGGGAAAAACUCUGGCAUAGAUUUAUGAUGGGACUUGCCUAAAAUAAAAUAGAUGUUAGUGACAGACACAGACUAGAACCCACAAUUCCUGAAUCUCUCUUCCCAAUACCCAUCCUAUCUCCAGUAUAUUAAAGAGCUUGUUCCCCUCCUGAUAUGCUUUAAAAUAGUAGUGAAAUAUUUAAAGUACUGUUCUUGUGCUUAUCUAGUCAUAGGACUUGGUGUAGUUUCCUAUUCUAUAUUUUUCUCAAAUUAAUAUACUUAGGUUCCCAAACAUCCCCUAUGAAAGUACACAAUUCAGUGAAUAUUUUAAUUCAACAAAUAUUUAUUAAGCAUGUACUAUAUACAGAAUAAGACAUUAAGGGAUGAUUAUAUGCAGGGAUGUCAUGGAGACAUGGAAUAGAUUGAUUUCAAUUCUAUUUGAUUAAGAAAAUUUUUAUUAAAUGUUUCAUAUAUGUCAGAUAGUGUAAGUUCUGGGCAUACAAAGACAAAAAUGAAAGCAGACAUUGAGCUUAAGAAAGUUACAUUCUAUUGGAUGCUACUAAUGUAAUUGUGCUGAAAUAAUAUUUGUACAUUUGGCACACAUUUAUAGUCUGUUUAUACCAAAGAGAUAGUGGAUGUAACAUAGUAACCUUCUCUUUCCUCUCUAAUUUUCUUUUAUCUUUCAGUUUUUACAUUUAGAUGGAAACAGUCUCCAUUUUUAGAGACAAGUAAGGUCACAAAUAGGAAAGUGGGAAGUGGCUGAUUAUUAUCAGAACUAAGAAUUACAAUUAGAAUAUCAUAUGGUUCACCAAAGCAAUAAUUUAUUUUAGUUGAUAGAAUUGGAAAAUUAAUUGAGUCCCAAAGUGCAUCCAUCUCUGUAUUUCUGCUUUUCUAACAUAACCAACUAUGAAUGUUUUUAAAACUUUAUAUUUUAAAGUUGGAGAUAUUGUGUUGGAACUCUUUUCCUUAGUUACUGAUAUAACUACCUUUAUUUCAGCAUCAAGGUGGAAUUUAUUUUGACCCAUUCGUUCAAAGAAUGCUAUGCUAUUUAAAAUCUGUGGUCAAGUUAGGAUGUGAAUGAAAAAAGUCUCUGCCUUUCACCAAUGAAUUUGAAUACCCUCAAGUGGAAAAGUGCUAUCUAAGUUAGGCGAAAAUAUUGGCUGUUAAUAAUAUAUCAUGGGGCUCUACCUCAGAUGGAAGUUAUUUGAAAAUUUGAUAGAAAUGUUUUGGUACGUUUAAAAAAUUUCCAUUAGUUAAAUUCUUAUUUCUUUUUUUCUCUCUCAUGACAAGAAAUGUUUAUAAUCUAGUUGUCAUUUUAAUAACCUUUUUUGGCAAUACUGAACCUUGAUUUUGUUUCAUUAUUUUUCAUUUCCCCGAUGGUCUUUAUAUUUGUUUGUGAGAUCUGCUGAUAAAGUAGGUAAUGUUCAAAUAUAGUUUUUAGUGGUAUUCCAAUUUGGGAUAUCCAUUCUAUUUUUACUAUAAUAUACACAUAUGAAGAAUCUAAUAUCUUCCUCUUGAAGAAAAGAUUUCAUCAUUGUUUUGUGGUGAAAUAUCAGUGAUAAAAGUAAGCUCAUAGCUUCUUCUACAAUAUACCUUGGGAGUAGUCAUCCAAUCCUUGUACUUUUCCAGAAGGAUCUGUAGAAAGAAGGAAGUUAGUCUCUUUUGAGGCAGUUCAUUAUACUUUUGGCUAACUCAUAAAGAAAUAAUUCCUUACAUUAAAUCUAAAUCAGUCUUUUUUACUACUUCCAAUCAUUGUCCCUUCUGUCCUCUACAGUUGAGAAGUACAAUUCUUAUCUCUUGUCCACAUAAUAACUCUUCAAAUCCUUGAAAGCAGCUAUUGUUACCUCUAAAGUGUUUUCCAGAGGGGAAAGAUAUUUCUUAGUACAAAAAAAAUGGUGUGAAGUUAAUAUAUAACUCUUGAGUGCAUAUUUUUUUCCUGAAUUCACAUAUACUACAGAAAUCUUAUCAAUUCAAAGAAUGAGAUUUCCUCUAGACAGAUCCCUCCUUUUCAUUAGCAAAAGGGAAAAACAAAAUCUCAGAUGAAGUAAAAUUCAGAUAGUUAAUAAUUAAUAAAUGUUUGCAAGCAUAUGUUUUUUUUUCUCUAAAGUACCAAUUCAGUAUUUAUUAUAUAACUAAGAUAAUUCUGCCUCAAUGGGCACAUUUUGUAUAGUUUUUGUUUUGUUUGUCUACUAUUAAAAUGUGAAAGCCACAAUUCCUAAAUAGGUGACUUACCUUAAAUUGAUCUGAACUCCUGCCCACCAUGACAAAUAUUCCCUUUCUACUUAAAGCAUGCAAAUGUUGGCAUUGGCCCCUAAAGAUAAAUGUUAUCUUCAGCAUCUAGAACUUCCCUAGAAGUUACUUAACCAUAUUCUGAGUAUUUACAAUAUUUCAUACUGUUUUGCUGAGAUGAGCAAAACAUUAUAAUGAAAAGAAAGACUAUUUGGUAAAUGCUUCUCUUCCUGUAAGAAGCUAUUUAUCGAAUUGAUUCAUACAUACGCUGACCUUAUAUAAAGAUCAUACUCUUGACAUGAAAUCUCUUAGAAGGAAAAAAAUGCACAGGUAUACACUGGACAAAAUACUGGAUGCAGGGAUCAUUCAUACUUUUUUAUAAAACAUAGCAGAGAAGAGUGGUCUAUAUUUUGACCAACAUAAUUUCAUAAGGGGAGCAUUUUCUGACAAACAGUGAAUUUUGUGUCCUGAAAAAAUCACUAGCCAUAAUCUUUAGAGUAUUUCUCAAUACUGCCUAUUUCUCUUAUUGUCUUUCUCUCUUGUUCUAUCUCCAUCUCAUUUUGUCUGUUUCUGCCAUUUAAAGGACCACAUACCAAAGAAUUGCCUAUAAAUCAAUGGGCAUAUGUAUACCCCAGUAUAUGAGUAAUUUCCCUACUCCUAUGAAAAGACCUAGAACUGGGGACAUUUUUGAAAUUGGAAUUAAGACCAGCUUCUUGUAUUAUGUAAUACAGUUUUAAAAAAAAACAGACAAAAUGGUAAAUGAAAGAAAUUCUAAAAACCAAAAUGGAAACAAACAAAAAACAUCUUUGAAUUUUCCAUUUUCUCCAUUUAAAAGGAAAAAUAUCCCUAAUUAAUUGGUAAAUUGGCUACAAUAAUUUAUAACCAUUUAAAUUUUAAUUUAUAACAAAUUUUAACUUAAAGUUCACAUUCAGAAAUGUGUACCCAUAGUAUCUUAUUUGUAGGUAGCAUUUACUUAGCAAAUAUAUAUAUAUAUGUAUAUAUAUAUAUACGCACACACAUACAUACACACAUACCCUUAUUAAGGGCAAUCAAACAUAAUACAAAUAUUAAAAAUCUAGAUAAUUUUCCAAAAUAAAUUAAUUUUAUUCUAAGAUUCUAUGAACUUAUUAUUUGACACUCAACCCCUGGGGAAAUCCCCAUGUGCAAUCUGGAGGUAAAUAAUAAAUAAGGUAAAUAGUUAUAUCAUGUGUAUGUGUGUGUAUAAAUGGCACUUUACUUAGCCUGAAAUCUUUCUUGCUUACUAAUUAUUUGUCAAUAUCAUGGCUACCUUAACUUCUGUUUUUCUCAUCUUAAAUUCUUCACAAGUUAAAAAACCCAUCUUAUAAUUUCCAAAGUUAUAUAUAUAUAUAUAUAUACAUAUGUAUGUAUAUAUAUAUAUAUAUAGUUACAUAUGUAUAUAUAUGUAUAUAUAUAUAUAAAGCCAUGGAAAAAUAUUCUUAAUUAAUUUAAAAUAUAUAUAUAUAUAUACAUAUAUAUGACAUUUUGAACUAACUGGUUCCAAGAUCUGCAUAAUUAGCUGCUUGUGAUUAUGGAAAAGCAUCUCACUCCCACCUCCUGCUCCCUGACAGGUACUUUAUUGUGAAGCUUCCCAAUUCUGUCCUUGAGGCAGCUUGGUACAGAGGAAAGGGCAUGGAGUUUGUAGACAGAGGAUCUGGGUUCAAAUGCUAACUCUGCUAGUUGCUACCUGCAGAAUUUCCUACUCUGUCAAAUGAAAGGAUUCGAUUAAAUGAUCUCUACAUUGUUUUUAGUUCUCAUUCUAUAAUACGGUGAUCCUGACAUUCUAGGGAGGAAAAUGUGAUUGGAAACUCAUCUCUGUCUGGAGCAAAGUAGCUGUCAUCAGGAAAAUCCCUUUGACUAUGUCCUCUAGUGGGGGACUUGCUUUCUUUCAAGGAACAUUAAAGCCUGGUUUAAUGGAAAGAUCGCUGGACUUGAACCACAAAGUCAAGUCUCUGCUCUUUCUAGUACAUAGUAGGGGCUCUAUAAAUGCUAGUCAAUUUGAUUAUUGCCAUUAUUAUUAUCUUAGUUCACGAUCUUAGGAAAGUUACUCCCACUCUGAAGUUCAGUUUCUGCUUUAUAAAAUAGAAUAGUUCUGAAUAUUUCCUUCAGCUAGGGAAUGCUGACAUUUAAAAAAAAAAGUUGACCUUCAUGGUUUUUGAAUCAUAGAGCAUCUACUCUCUAUAAAAUUCUUAAUAAAAUAUUUUCAAUGAACAUUACAACAUAUAUAACAGGAAAUAUGUGAUAUCUAUACUUAGAUAUAGAAUUUUUGUGUGAGUGCCUGUGUGUGUAUAACUAAGAGAUAUCCCCUUCUUAAGGAAAUUAAAUAAGGCAGGAGGUUUAUUAAUGGAUUUAUUUUGUAGGUGGUCUUUAUGAAACAACCAUUUAUAAUUAAGUAAAUAGUUAUGAAGCACCUUCUAUGGAUAAGACACUAUGCUAAGCACUGGGAAAAAACAGACAUAAAACAAUUUAGUCAACUUAGUCAAGAAUUUUAUACUCUAAUUUGGGAGAAGGGAAAUAUAAACAAUUAUUAUAAAUCAAAAUUUAUAAGAGCAAAAAAGUCUAGAUAAACACAUACAUAUGUAGUUAUAUAUAAUGCAUAUAUAUAUACAUAUGCACGUACACACCUAUAUGUAUAUACAGAAGGGAAAAAACAACACUUGGCUUUAGAUGUUUUCAUUUCUCAUUGAUAAUUUGUUAAUAUCAUUAGUGCCUUAACUUCCACAUUUUCCAGUCUUCUAUAGUGGCUCAUCUACUUUGCUCAGAAAGAAAUGCCCUUCUGUUCUUGUUUGUAAGAAAAAGGGAUUUGCUAAAGCAAAGCAUUUAAGUGGCAUUCAGAUUAGAUAGCAUGUUAACUUGAUGUGAGUUCAGAAGGGUGCUCUCAGAACUCAAGCAAGGUAUAAAGAUUUACCUCCUGCCUUAACCUUUUAUCCUAGGGGAGGUGGAAGGAACAGUCCUUAUACAAUACCAUUUGCCAUAAGAUUUAGAAUUGAAAGGGAUCAUUGAUUCAUGUUUUAAAUAGAAAUAUUCCCUCAGAACACAAAGAAUGAUGAUUUUAAACCAAAGUCUUGAUAAAUGUUUUUCCUAGGAAAUAUCACCUUCCAACAUCAAGGAACUCAGACCUUACAGCCUUUCACAUCAAGCUCUUAUUCCUUAAUCAUUUCCAGUCAUAUAGACAGUGCAUUAAAGGUCCCUAAUUCAUCAUCAUCAUUUUAUCACAAAACACUCCUUAGCAAUAAUGAAUAUAAGGCUAGGAUUUAUAGGAAAAAAUGUGUGUGAGGGGGUAGACUUUAAAAUGCUCUUUAUAGUUAUUUUUCCAAGUUAACUUAUUCCUAAAUAUUAUAUCCCUGUAGUUACCCAAAAUAUAGGUGACUUUUGUUGCUAGGGUUUUUCCAACAUCUUAAUUGCCCAUCAUUAAGGAAUUGAUGAGAUGGUCAUGUGAUCAAUUUCAGUUGAAUGAAAUAGCCACAAGUACUGUUUUAGUGGAAAAGUGAACUAAAAUUGAUUAAGUCAUGUGGAUUCACUUGGUUUAAGUCAUGAAUUUGUAUCCCUUUUAUUUUUUUCCCAAAUAAAUUAUGAGAGUAGACUAUCUCUUCUUUAAUUUAAAUGCUUAUUAUAGUUUAUGAUGCAAAUAAAAGAUCCCCUUUCCUCCACCUUCCUACAGCUGAAUGUAUUUUAAGUCCUCAUUAUUCAUAUCAUUGGGGAAAUAUAUUUUUAUUUGUUUCUAGAAUUUUUAUAUGUACAUAGUAGAUUCUACAUUUGGUAAAUAAAACAUUAAAAAGUCUUCCAAAAAUAAGAAAAUAAAUUUUUAUAAUAUCAUAUUUUAUUAUUUAACUAAAAGUAUUGCCAUUUGAUUUCUAUUAGGAAUUCACUGUAUUAAGACAACUACAAUGUCAUCCAUCACUGGUCUCUUGUUAUACAUAAUUUUGUUCAAUAUAUCCUAAACCACUCACUUGUAUGAUGGAAAGAGCAUUACCCAUGAUGAUGUAGAAGACUUGAAUCUGAGUCUGACUCAGUUCUGAUACUUAGCAACUGUGUGUCUUUGAGCAAGUUUCUUAAUUUCUCUGAGGUUGUUUGUUCAUCUGGAAAAUGGGAAUAAAAAUAUUUGCACUGCUUAUCUCACAGGGUUGUUGUGACAAAAGUGCUUUAUAAACUAUAAAGUGCUAUAUAAAUAUGUCAUUAUGUAUUCUGAAGCAAUUCAGUUGUAGCUACCUUUUCCUUAAAAUACAACGUUUUGUGUAUAUCAUUGAUAUUUUAGAACACCCCAUUUAACAUAGUUACUGAAAUUUAUUCCACAUUCACUUUUUUUUUAAUAAAGUGUCUUCUGAGGUCUAGUCAAAUGAGGUUAAGGGACUUGACCAGGGUCACACAGCUAGGAAGUGUCUGAGGCCAUAUUUGAACCCAGGUCUUCCCAAUUCCAGAUCUGGUACUCUAUCCAAUGUGCCACCUGGACCUGCCCCUCUAUGUUCACUUUUAAAUUAUGUAUGGUUUGGCCAUUGGCUGGGCUAAACACAGACUGAAUGUCUUUUAACAGAGAGGCAACCUAGCUAAAUUCAGAGAUGUGGCCAUUACUACAUGGUUGGCCAUAAGAAAUAAUCUUUUCUUCCAUAACAAUUCACAAAGAAUAGGGCAAGGAAAUGUAAUGAUUUGUGUUCAUGGAGGCAGUAUCCACACUGAGAAAUCAUGGGUCCCCAAAGUAUGGACAGAAGGUGUACUUUCUGCAUGUAAUUUACAAUGUCUUUUCAGAUGCUGAUAGAAAAUGUCGAUAAUAUUCUAUUCUGCCAGCAGAAUGUACAUUAGGGAAAUUGUGUGGUCAAUUUCCAAAGUAGUACUUAGCUAGCAUUUGUAAGACUGCCUCUACUUCUUAGUUCAUAUUCUACUUUGAAUUUCCCCAUUUCUCUAUCCUGUCAGCCAAAUAUGCUAUGCAAAUAUUGAAAUAUGAAGUGGCUGUGCUUGAUAAUACAUUUAGAAUUACUCUUAAUUUUAUUUGCUAAAUUAUAAGUGCUUUAUUUUAGCUUACCAUAGAGAAAUUUUGACAAUCAUUUGACUAACUAAGGGUGCUACUCAUUUUCCCAAAUCUUGACUUUAAUAGAAAACUUCAUCUGCAGAAAUUUAUUUUUGUAAUGUAUGCCUAGACUUUUUUUGCAUAUUGUUAACACUUUAUAUGUUGUUUUGCAUUCUAUUAUAUUGUACUUCGAUGAUUUUUUCUGAUUGCUUAUUAAAUCCUAUUGCAAGCCUGUAUUGUGUUUAAGAUCGCAAGUUUAUGAAUAUAUAUUUAUAUAAUAAGACAUUUAUCUCUAUUAGGUUAUUCAAUUAAAAUGAAAAUAAAUAAAAGCCCCACAUUAAGUUUCUGAAA